CUGAAACCUGAAAGUUAAAAAACAAAAAUAAAAACAAAAACAAUCCGGAGAAGGCUUUUCUAUGGCGGGAGAGGAAGAAGGAGAAGAAGACAGUUUAAAGCAAGCAUGGUCUAGACAGAAAGAGAGAGACAUAGACACAAAUCUAGAGUGAGAAAGUCAAAAUCCAAAAACAGCAGGAGGGAGGCAUUAGAGAGAGAGAGAGAGAGAGAAUGGGGAAGGGGCCAUUCUGUUUUGGCCGGAAGAUGAGCCGUCGCCGCCCUAAGAAGUCGAGUCAGACGGCGGCGACGGCGCCUCCGUCGCCGAAUAAUAAGUCGAUGUCGGCGAUGGUGGCUGGGUCGUCGAGCAAGACGAAGAAGAAGGCAGGAGGGGCGAGGCUGUGGAUGAGGUUGGAUAAGUUUGGGCAAUCGGAGCUCAUCGAGUGCGACAGGAGCACAAUCAUCAAGCGCGUCUCUAUUCCUGUUAGGGAUUUGAGGAUCCUUGGCCCUUUCUUCUCUCACUCCUCCAAUAUCCUUGCUAGGGAGAAAGCUAUGGUUGUCAACUUAGAGUUUAUAAAGGCUAUAGUUACAGCUGACGAAGUGUUGUUGCUUGAUCCUCUCCGCCAGGAGGUUCGUCCGUUUGUGGAUCAGCUGCGGCAACAACUUCCUCAUAAAAGCGUGUCCAAAAGUCAAGGAGGGGGUCAAAUGGAUGUACAAGAUAAUGAAAUGCAAUUAUCAUCUGGGGGACAAUGGUUACCCGUUCCUGAAGCUAUUGAAGGUUUGCAGUGUGACCUCCCAUUUGAGUUUCAAGUUCUCGGGAUUGCAUUGGAGGUUGUCUGUGCAUAUUUGGACUCUAGUGUAGCAGACCUUGAGAGAGAUGCAUACCCUGCAUUGGAUGAACUGGCAAGGAAUGUUAGCACCGAGAAUCUUGAGCAUGUGAGGAGUUUGAAAAGCAAUCUGACCCGUUUACUUGCACGGGUACAAAAGGUGCAUGAUGAAAUUGAACAUCUUUUAGAUGACAACGAAAACAUGGCACAUUUAUACUUAACAAGGAAAUGGAUUCAGAGUCAGCAAUUUGAGGCUUAUUUAGCAGGUACAGCUUCUAACAGCAUUGUCAGUGCCGGACAUCAACCUCGCCGUCUUGGUUCUAACAGGAGUGGAAGUUUAUUGUCGAGCAACCAUUUGAAUGACCAUGAUGUGGAAGAUCUAGAAAUGUUGCUCGAGGCUUAUUUCAUGCAGGUGGAUGGUACCCGUGACAAGAUACUAUCUGUUCGUGAGUAUAUUGAUGAUACAGAGGAUUAUGUCAAUAUCCAACUCGACAAUCAGCGAAAUGAACUUAUUCAACUCCAGUUGACAUUGUCCAUCGCAUCAUUAGCUAUUUCUGUUGGUAAUAUGAUUUCUGGGAUAUUUGGUAUGAAUCUCCCUUCUCCAAUAUCCAAUACUAAUGGGGUGUUCGGCUAUUUCUAUGGAGUUUGUAUGGGUUCCUCUGUAUUUGCUUUUGUGCUUAUUUUUGGAUACGCCAGAUCGAAGAAGCUGCUUGGAUCUUGAGUCCCCCUCUUAAUCUGCUAUACCUGUCUUUUAACAUUAUAUUGAGAAAUUUCCUGAGCUUAUUAUUCCUUCUGCCCUAGAAAGUCUUCAAAUUACAAGCUGCAGCUUCAGGCCAGUAUCAAAGUGCCUUUUAUGUUGUAUUAAUACGUUUAGUUUAUGUUAUAUGGGAUGUAACAUUAUCUGAUUAGAUCGUUGUUCCCCUCAUAAUCUGCCAUACAUCUGCUUAUUUUCAGUUCCAGCUUGGAAAUUCUUUAAAUUAGAAAAUGCGGUUUCAUGCCAUUUUUAUUGCA